GACGCGGAGCGGCUCUACUCCUUCAACUACACCGGCCAGGCGGGCCAGGUGGAUGCGGUCCGGGUGAACGUUCAGAGUGACUCGGAGGAUCUCCAGUAUCCGGUCUUAUUUGUAGUUCGGCAGCAAAAAGGGGUGCUGUCCUGGCAGGUCCCUCUUAUUUUUCGAGGCCUUUACCAAAGAAGUUACAACUACCAGGAAGUGAGCCGCACCCUCUGCCCAUCUGAACCCACGCCUGGGAGCGGACCUUCAGAGCAGGUCAUAUAUGUAGAUGUGGCAUCUAUGGCCCCUUAUGAUGCCCACUAUACACUCCAAGUUACCAGGCUCAAAAGCUUCGAACUUGGCACAAACUCUGCUUUCAGAUUCAAGGCCAGCCCUUCCGAGCCUCAGUAUUUUCUGUACAAGUUCCCUCCAGAUGUGGAUUCUGUCAUAGUCAAAGUGGUUUCUAAGGUAGUCUACCCUUGUUCGGUUGUCUCCAUCCAGGAUAUUGUGUGCCCGGUUUAUGAUUUGGACCACAACGUGGAAUUUAACGGGGUUUACCAAUCCAUGACGAAACAGGCAGCCAUCACCGUGCAGAAAAAAGACUUUCUGGGUGGGCAAUUCUUCGUUGUCUUUGUCAUAAAGCCAGAAGAUUAUGCCUGUGGUGGUUCUGUGCCUUCCUCCAUUCAAGGUAAGGCUAACCUUACCUGGAACCUCCAGCGGAUGAAGAACCUUGAAGUGACAGUUGUACCUUCCAUUAAAGAGUCUGUUUAUGUGGACGCCAUCCUCUUCAGCUUCCUGAGUUUCUUCUCGUUCUACUUGGGCUCGCUGGUUGUUGCCUUUGUGCACUACAUCAGGAGCUGGAGGAAGAGCUUCAGCGGAGGCGCCAGUCCGGAUGAUGGGUCUGGGACUGUGACGUCUUCUCAGCCGAUCACUGUCAGCACCGCUGAGGGAAGCAGCUACGGAGCUAUAGAUGAGUCGAGCUCCGGCGGGGGCCAGCAGCUAUCUCCGUUAGGCCACAAGGCCAACGCUUGCGGCUCUGACACGGACAGCUCGGUGGAAGAGGAAAGCGACUUUGACACCAUGCCCGAAAUUGAAAGUGAUAAGAAUGUCAUCCGCACUAAGGUAUUCCUCUAUCUCUCAGACUUAUCCAGGAAAGACCGGAGGAUUGUCAGCAAAAAGUAUAAAAUUUAUUUCUGGAACAUCAUCACGAUCGCUGUCUUCUACGCCCUGCCCGUGGUCCAGCUGGUGAUCACGUACCAGACAGUGGUGAAUGUGACGGGAAAUCAGGACAUCUGCUACUAUAACUUCCUUUGCGCUCACCCCUUGGGGGUCCUGAGCGCUUUUAACAACAUUCUCAGCAAUGUAGGCCACGUCCUGCUGGGCUUCCUCUUUCUGCUGAUUGUGCUGCGCCGAGAUAUUCUCCAUCGGCGCUCCUUGGAAAACAAAGACAUCUACACAAUGGAAUACGGCAUCCCCAAGCACUUUGGCCUCUUCUACGCCAUGGGGAUUGCGCUGAUGAUGGAAGGCGUCCUCAGCGCUUGCUACCACGUCUGCCCCAACUACUCCAACUUCCAGUUCGACACCUCCUUCAUGUACAUGAUUGCUGGGCUCUGCAUGCUGAAGCUGUACCAGACCCGCCACCCAGACAUCAACGCCAGUGCCUACUCCGCCUACGCGUCCUUCGCGGUGGUCAUUUGCCUAGCCGUCCUUGGCGUGGUUUUUGGUAAAAACGCGGUGUGGUUCUGGGUCUUCUUCUCCAUCGUCCACGUUGUGGCCUCGCUUGCUCUCAGCACCCAGAUUUACUACAUGGGCCGUUUCAAAAUCGAUCUGGGGAUUUUCCGACGUGCGUUCAUGGUGCUGUAUACAGAUUUCAUCCAGCAGUGUAGCCGGCCAAUGUACAUGGACAGAAUGGUCCUCCUGGUUGUUGGGAACCUGGUGAACUGGUCUUUUGCCAUUUUCGGACUGGUGUAUCGGCCAAAGGACUUCGCCUCGUACCUGCUGGGCAUCUUCAUCUGUAACCUUCUGCUAUACCUGGCCUUUUACGUCAUCAUGAAGCUGCGGAGCUCAGAGCGGUUGCUGCCCAUCCCUCUCUUCUGCAUCGUAGCCACUGCCGUUGUUUGGGCCGCAGCCCUUUACUUCUUCUUCCAAAACCUCAGCAGCUGGGAGGAAACCCCAGCAGAAUCCCGAGAGAAAAACCGUCCCUGCAUCCUCCUGGGAUUCUUUGACGACCACGACGUCUGGCACUUCCUCUCAGGGGCUGCCUUGUUCUUCUCCUUCCUGGUCCUGCUGACCCUCGACGAUGACUUGGACUCUGUGCGGAGAGACAGGAUCCCCGUCUUUUGAGGAAUGGGAGGAGGGCAUUUAUCAUCUUCUGUUCUGCUCACAGAAACACAG